UGUCAGUUGUCAGUUAUCACUCAUCAGUUGAAAUUAAGCACUUAGAAUUUUUUAUGCAUAUAGCAGAUUAGUCUUUCUAAAGACUAAUUUCAUAAGUUAUUAACUGGGGCAUUGUGACUCGAUCGCGAUAAAGUCUUACCACAAUUAAUAAGUAAUUACAUAUAGUAAUUCAGUUCUUAAAAUGUUUAAAAUAUAGUUACAGUGUUUACAUCAAAAUGUUAAAAAUAUUAUUAUCAUUGUUUACCGUUUUUCUUGUCUCUUCUUUUGGCCACAAUACGGUGCAGUAUGCUGCAAUUAUAUUUAGACAUGGUGAUAGGACGCCUGUUGAUACUUACCCAACAGACCCCUGGCGUAAUCAAUCUUUCUGGCCUGUAAAAUUUGGAGAACUUACUAAUCUUGGAAAAAAACAACAUUAUGCGUUAGGAAAAUGGCUCAGACACCGUUAUGUGAAUUUAAUAUCAGAGGAUUUUGAUCCGACUGAGGUGUACGUGAGAUCUACAGAUGUUGAUCGUACACUUAUGUCUGCCCAAGCAAAUCUAGCUGGUUUGUAUCCUCCUACAAAUAAAUCAAUGUGGAAUGAUAACUUGAUGUGGCAGCCUAUACCUGUACACACAAAACCAGAACAUGAAGAUGAAUUAUUGGCAAUGAAAAGGCAUUGUGAUCCUUAUAUUAAAGAAAAAAAUAAAUACUACAAUUCUAAAGCAUUUAAGGAAAGACUGGGAAAAUAUCAAAGUCUCAUGGACUACCUUACCGCUUACACCGGAAAGAAAGUAAAAACCUAUGAAGAUAUUUCAUCUAUUUACAGUGUUUUAAAAAUAGAAAGUUUGUACAACUUAACAUUGCCAACAUGGACUAAAACUGUUUACCCGGAUAAAUUAAGGGAGCCUGCUUGUUAUGGGUUUUCAAUUGCUACUGGCACGUCAUUAAUGGCUCGUCUUAUGAUAGGGCCUUUACUACAACAAAUUUUAAAUAAUAUGCAAGCUGUUAUUGCCAAUAUACCUGACCAUUUAAAAUUCUCCAUAUAUAGUGGCCACGACUUUACAAUUGGAAAUGUUUUGAAUGGUCUUGGUGUAUUUGAUGGUAAUUGCCCAGAAUAUACUUCUACCAUAUUUUUGGAACUUGUUUAUGAUAACUCAUCAAUGGAACAUUUUAUUCGUGUAUCAUAUAGAAACAGUAGUGAGAUUGUAGAACCAAUAAUAUUAAAUCUCCCACAUUGCAGCAAACUAUGUCCAGUAAAAAGAUUCAAAAAGUUAUAUGAGAACAUACUUACCGUUAACUGGGAGAAGGAAUGUGACAUACAACAACCAGGCCUCAUGACAAUUUCAAUUAUUCCUCUGGUAUUUGUGAACUGCAUUCAAUUAAUUGUACUUAUGGUUUACUUUCAAUUUAACAACAUUGUGCCUCGGGUACGGUUUUGGUAUAGAAGAAUUCCGGUUCAACAGGCUAUGCAAGAAAUACAAGAAAAGGAAAUUAUUAUAUAGAAUGAUUUGUUGUUGAACUUGUAUUUUUUUAUUAUUUUGUCUGUAUUUUGCAAAAGAUCUCUUAAUUUAUUUUGUUUAUUCUGUAAUAUCCUGAAGAUUGGUGAGUUUAUUUGGUGUAUAAUGAACAAGUUUGCUCAAUUUUUUUAAUAUAAUUUAAUGUAGGCAAGCAAUAAAUUUCUAUGAAUGAUGUUGGCAUCUUAUAAUACAUAUUAUGAUUUUUGUUUUAAGUAGUCCUAAGUAGUUUGCGAACGAUCUAGUUCGGAAGUGCGGCUUUUACAGAUAAACUAUGUGAACUAGAUCAUAUACAUAUAUCUGAUGGGUGAAGGUGAUGAUAACUGUCAAAUAAAUCGAUAAUUAUUGGUACAUGUUCAAUAAUCUUGUUAGAGCUAUUAUACUUGAUGUAAAAAUUCAAUUUAAGGCACAUCCUUCGCUGGUUCUACAAUAGCUUCUGCUGAAUGAAGAGAUGGGAACACAAAGUAAUUCUAACAUAUAGCAUGCAAUUCAACUAAGAAUAGGAGAGUCGAAACCUGUUAAAUACUUCAAUUUCGUGUCAAAUGGCAUUUGGUACAAACAAUUUAUUUAGAAAUCUUACUACUAGUUCACUAAGUACUAACGUCUCAAUUGAACUAACAAAUAACCAAAUUUGGUUAUCACUUUCGUUAUAAUUUCGUGUUCGCUAUUCGUGGUUACACUCUUAACGCGCAUCAAAAGGCAAAUAGGCGAGUGCACUAUUUACAUGUGCGUCUUCGUUAUUCGCACGAAUGUGUAAAGGCAUCACUAGGGUUAAUAUUAAAUUUUUUUUAUAGACUGCAUGCCCUUGACUGUUUCCUGAGGCUGUAAUAUAGUGUAUGGGUAGAGUAAAUUUUUCAACAUGUAGUAUCUAUAUUUAUAUGUGAGAAUGACAAUAAAGUCUCUUAAAAAAUUAAUA